UUCAUGUUAGAUAUACCACCAUUCAGCGUUUAUAUCUCCAAAAUCAGUAUAAUGGAGAUGCAUAUUUGAUCCUGCCUCGAGACCCAUGAAACCAUGUGGCCAUCGAUCUAACCAUGAUGUGAUCGCAAUCAUGAUGAGCAUCUGUGUUCUCUCAGCUUCGCUGGCCAAGCUCGAGACUUGCUGUCAGCUGAUUGCUUCCUUCAGAGAACAAACACAACAACGCACUCUAUUCGGCGGAUCCGAUCGCGCACUUUAUGCGACAGUGAUUCAUUGCACUGGCGGAUACAUCGUGACUCAUGCUGUUGAUGUUUGCAGUGCCGACUUGAGCAGGAACCGCGAGGUCCAUCAGAUGAGCAAAGAACGCCAUCAUCAAACCUUCAUCAUGCUCAGCAAUUUCAUGUACAGGCUACGAAAGUCGCAUGGUAGUCUGAUGCUUGUACUACAUGCACAGCAAUCAUACAGACACAUCAUAGGAUCGCAUCUUCACAAGAUGAAGCGCACGGUAACCAUUCCAUUUUCCAUCAUCGCGUGGAAAUGCUCAGCCUGGACGAUGCCGCAAUCGCCAUAACCUAGAAGACUUGCCAUAAAAAUGUUGCUGUACCGUACUAUGUCCGCCCUUUUUGUGGUUCUCCAAGCGUUUCAAAUGC